ACUUGCACAGUUUGGGGCGGGGUUUUUUGGCAAAGAAGGGCCAAAGCACAGAAUUCUACACUAAGUGUAGAAUUCUGUGAGUGUAGAAUUCUGUGGGCCAAAGUCAAAUUAUAAGGCAAAGGCUUAUAAAUUGCUGCUUGCGUUUCUUUUUGCCUGACUUGGAGUAUCUAUCCCAGGGCCUGGACUUAUUCAAUUUUUAACGAUAGUCAGUGAAUCAGUGACUAAAAUAGCAUAGAGAUCAGCAGAAAUGGAUUUUCGCCUGCACUAACCUCAACAGAUUCUGCAGUCUUUGGAAAUUUCAAUUUAAACUGAUAAAGGAUUUUUCUCACAGGUUGUCGAAAUGGCUCGUCAGUUGCUCAAGCUGGUGACUGUGGAUGUGACAAACACCUUGAUCAGAGUGGCAGGGUCUCCUGGCCGGCAGUAUGCCUAUGUGGCGAGGAAAUAUGGGGUUGAUAUUGAUGAAACUCUUUUAACAGGAAUCUUCCUCAAAGAAUAUAAAAGCUACACCAAGAAAUACCCCAAUUUUGGUGUGAUGGACGGCAUGCCGGCCAACAUCUGGUGGUCACUACUGGUCAAGGACUGCUUCCGCUUUGUUGACUCGAAGAUCCCAGAGGAGAUGCUGGACAAGAUCUCCUUUGACCUGUACUUUCACUUCACCAAACCCAUGGCCUGGGAUCUUUUACCUGGAGCUGUCGCCGCUUUGGAGGACUUAAGUCAGUAUCCAGUCAAACUUGGAGUGAUUUCUAACUGGGACCACCGUCUGUAUAAAGUGUUGAUGGUGUUGAAGUUACGGCAGUUUUUCGACUUUAUUCUCCCAUCUUACAUCAUUGGAUAUGAGAAACCAAACAGUAUUAUUUUCCAUCAGGCUUUGGAGGAUGGAAGAUGUGAACCCCAUGAAGCAGUACACUUUGGGGACAACAUCGAGAAAGAUUUCAUUGGUGCUAAAAAUGUAGGCAUGAACGCUUAUCUGCUGGCCUCUGAAGGAGUGAAGAACGACUUCCUUGACCAGUCCCUGGUGGUGAAGACUGUGCAGGAGUUUGUCGACAAGAUACGACCACAGCUGGGGGAGAGGAAGGCAGACCCUGUUUGAUAUGAUUUUGUUGAAGAUUGAGAAGUGGGGACAGUUUUCUUUGAUUGUGCACAUCUGUUUUUGUGCUUUGACAUAAGUGAAUAUGUGUCAUGAAGCCGUGGAAUUGGAACUUGUCAAUUUUUGGGCAUAAGGAGUUUAUGGUAUAAUCUUAAAGCUUGUUCAUUUGCCAUAAUUUUAAUUUUAAGAAUACUCAGCUAUCUUGAAUAUAAAUAAAAUUGUAUUUGCAAUUGCAGAAAGUGGGGGUAGCCCGGUUUCAGAGGUAAAAAUAGCGAGAAAA